ACCGGUGUAGGUUAAAUAUCUGUAGAAAAGUGUAAAAACGUAUUUUCAAUAAGUGAAACAAUGUCGGACAACAGUGAUAAGGAGGGUAAUGAUCUCGAGCCCACGCCGGGCACGAGUGGCUUGCAGAAUUUUAGUAAACUCGAAGUGAAAUCCGACGUGGAGGACGACGGUUCGACUUCAGACUCGGAAAUAAAUGCGUACAGUGUGAGAUUUAACCCCAUGAAGGCUUUAUACUCGGACAGAAUCAUGCUACCAGUGCCCGAUGCGCCUGUUUACGAGAAUUUACAGCAAUUCGAAGCGGCACUGUUGAAAAAUCAAGAAAUAUUAGCGGUCGGUAUGGGACAGCAGGUCCAGGAGCGGGAGAAAAAGAAGUUGGAGCGUAAACAAGCAUACGAGCAGGCCCUUGAAGAAAAAAACAAGCAGCGUUUUGCGAAAUACGAAGUGACCGUUCGACCCGAGAGGAAACAGGGGCGGAACGUGCUGACACGGGAGGAAACUGUCCAGGGCCCCCUCUCCGCCCUCCGGAAUGCCAUGCAGAACAACAUGAGGGUCAAGGUGGUGACUAGAGGUCCGUCAGGGAUCCGUGGCGCCCUCCACGGGGACCUCACGGCCUUCGACAAGCACUGGAACCUCGUGCUCACUAACGUGCUCGAGGUGUACCGCAGGAAGACUGUCAGGAAACUCAAAUACCCACCCGCGGGCGGUCGUCCAGUACCCCAAGGGACAGCGGACAUGAUCUCCCCUCUACCUGGCGAGGUGGUGUCCUCGCAGGGACAUAGGAUCUUCGAAUGUUCCCGACACAUCCCCCAGCUGCUAGUGAGGGGCGAACAUGUCGUUCUAAUAAAUGUGGUAGAUCAGUAUCGAACUAAAUAAGCGAUGUGUCGCAGGGACAAAGGAUCUUUUUGUGUCCCGACACAUCUCUCAGAUGCUUGUGAGCGAACAUGUCGUUCUAAUAAAUGUGGUGGAUCAGUAUCGAACUAAAUAAGCGAUGUGUCGCAGGCCCAAAGGAUCUUCUUGUGCCCCGACACAUCCCUCAGUUGCUAGUGAACGAACAUGUCGUUCUAAUAAAUGUGGUGGAUCAGUAUCGAACUAAAUAAGCGAUGUGUCGCAGGCCCAAAGGACCUUCUUGUGCCCCGACACAUCCCUCAGUUGACAGUGAGCGAACAUGUCGUUCUAAUAAAUGUGGUGGAUCAGUAUCGAACUAAAUAAGCGAUGUGUCGCAAGCCCAAAGGAUCUUCUUGUGCCCCGACACAUCCCUCAGUUGCUAGUGAGCGAACAUGUCGUUCUAAUAAAUGUGGUGGAUCAGUAUCGAACUAAAUAAGCGAUGUGUCACAGGGACAAAGGAUCUUCUUGUACCCCGACACAUCCCUCAGUUGCUAGUGAGCGAACAUGUCGUUCUAAUAAAUGUGGUGGAUCAGUAUCGAACUAAAUAAGCGAUGUGUCGCAGGCCCAAAGGAUCUUCUUCUGUCCCGACACAUCCCUCAGUUGCUAAUGAGGAGUGUAGAUAAAAAAUAAAAAGUACUUCAUAGCUUCCUAAUUAACUUUGUUCAGCACAUUUUUUCAGCGUACGCCAUGACGCUUAUAUUAUAAGCGUUCUUGGCGCUAUGGGUACAAAUCCCGCGACGCCUUGGCGUUAAAUAAUUUCCCCUAUACAUUUCAUGGUUCUUUCACCAAACAAUUCAAUAUCUAUGUAUCAGGCCUCAGUUUCACCAAGUUGUUAAUUGUCACACUGACAAUUUUCUGUAUAUUUUCGGGCCGAUA